AUGGGUGCCUACAGAAAUCGCGCGAUUUGGUACGAUCGGUCGAUGCUGCAGAGCGACGAGACGAUCUUCGUGAUCCCGCCCAAUCAGAGCCGUCACCCCUCCACCGCGGCACCUAAUUGGUACGACUGCUCGAUGGUGCAGGGAGACGAGACCAUCUUCCUCGUCCCACGCGAUCAGAGCCGUCGCUUCGUCGCCGCGGCCAACGGUCAUGAUCGAAAUCAAGGGUUUCCUCAGAAUGGAAACGCGUCGGAGAGGAGGAGGAGGAGGAUGAUCGCGGAGCACAUCAGAAGUAAAUUAGUGGUGCGUGAUCACAGAGAUGAUGAUGAUGGAGUGUGCGUGAUUUGUCAAGAGAAUUUGAAUUUGGUAGCGCAAAUUUGCAAAAUCGUGAGACUUGAUUGCGGCCACUAUUAUCACCAGCGCUGCAUCACCCAUUGGCUCAAUGUCAAGAACACGUGUCCCUUGUGUCAAGCACCUGUCGUUUAG